AACAUAUGACAGACCUAGUGAGAAGCUGCAACCUGAAGAUCUACCAACAAGUUUUGAUUGGAGAAACAAGGAUGGUAGAAAUUACGUCAGUACAACAAGAAAUCAGCAUAUUCCUCAAUAUUGUGGAUCAUGUUGGGCGAUGGGCUCUACCAGUGCUCUAGCUGAUCGGAUUAACAUUAAGAGAGGUGGGGCAUGGCCUUCUGCUUAUCUCUCUGUGCAAAAUGUGAUUGACUGUGGAGGGGCGGGAUCUUGUGAGGGUGGAGACGACAGAGGAGUGUAUGAAUAUGCCCAUAAGUCUGGUAUCCCAGAUGAAACUUGCAACAAUUAUCAGGCAAAAGAUCAAAAAUGUAAUACAUUUGAUCAGUGUGGUACAUGUACAACAUUUGGUAAAUGUAAAAGUCUGUCAGUGUACAACGUAACCAAGGUAGCAGAUUAUGGCCCUGUGUCUGGAAGAGACAAGAUGAUGGCUGAAAUAUAUGCAAGUGGACCAAUCAGCUGUGGAGUAAUGGCUACAGACGGUCUUGAGGCAUAUAAAGGGGGAGUGUUUCAAGAAUACCACAUGUUCUCAGAGAUCAAUCACAUUAUCUCAGUGGUAGGAUGGGGCGUGGCUUCAGAUGGUACAGAGUACUGGGUUGGCCGAAAUUCUUGGGGAACCCCUUGGGGUGAGAAUGGCUGGUUUAGAAUUGUAACAAGCAAGUAUAAGAAUGGAGAAGGUAACAAGUACAACUUGGCUAUUGAGUCACAAUGUGCCUUCGGAGAUCCCAUUGUACCUAGCUCUCCUUACCAUGUGAACCAACCGUGAUAAUCUGCAUAUUUAAACGGGCCUUUUUUUUUCGUGAUAUUUUCUUACUUUAUUCUUAAUUUUACAUUAUAUACAAUGAAUAUUUCCACUAGAUUUCAUGACACAUGUAUCUGCAUGUGCCACCAAAUUUUUUUUUGACUUCUUAGUGUACAGACACAAUCAAAGUGAGUCUGCAAUUUUCAUGUAAUUUUGUUGUGAUUUAUGCUUCCGAGGGAUCACCUUUCUUCCUUAUUUUUCUACAAUUAUUUUUUUUUUAAAUUUCUAUGAUGUGUGUAACUACAUUUCCACAAAAUUACAUAUCUGGGUAUGGCUACCAAAUUUUUGUGAUCUCUUUAAAUUUAUCGCAAACUUUGAUUAAUACUCAUGGCAAUGUACCGGUAAAUACAAUGGACUUGGUGCUUUAAAUCUGUUGAACAAACAAUAUUUUGUGCUAAACAAUUAAAGGUUGUUCAAUAGUUAGUGAUCAUUUAAGUUUAUUGUAAAUUGUUUUAUUAUUAAUUUUGUUCUUUUUGCAGAGUUUGACUCAUGUUUAGAUACUUUAGAAACAGUUUGCCUAGUAACUUUAUUAUAGUCUGUCGUAUGUCUGAGGAAAGUAACUUUCUUUUAUUUACAAUUUCUUUAGUCAACAUAGUUACAUACUGUAACAAAGAACUUUAUCCAGUAUAUGUCUAUUCUUACCAGAAUCAGACAUACAGGUGACUUUUCUUGCAUUCAUUACAUACAUGCUUACCUGUAUAAAACGGCUUUUUUCAUAAUCCUUACGAAGCUCCUUGUAUGAAAAUAAGUAUGUUACAUAAUAUGCUCAUUGUUUUUUCCUACCAAGUUGAGCUAAAUUAGCUAUUUAUUUAAAAAAAAUUGAUUUUCAUAAUGGAGAUUCACCAAUUAUUGAUAACAGCAAACAUUUUCGGAUAAAAUAUUUAAACUGAAAUCGAAAAAAAAACUACCCUAAUCUUAUUAUCAGUUGAAGGAUACCAAUACAUUCCAAACAACAUUUCUGUGGGUUACUGAUUGUUCUUGUGGUAUGAAAUAAUCAUGACAAAAUUAAAGCUUUGUUAACUUUUAGCUGUACAUUCACCAUUUACACUUGCAUAGACUUUAUUUUACUGUUAAAGCCCAAUAUUUUUUCAGUAUUUAGAACAGGUCUUUUGUUGUGAAAAACAAAAAACAACAACAUUAUACAUGUAGAUCUAGAAGUGAUGUAAAAUGUGCAAUACCAGUUAUGCUAUGCAAGUUUUGUGUAUUUAAGAAAAGAAAUAAAUAACUUCUAAGUGUUGUUACAGAGUUCAUCAAUAAAUAUUUUUACAUUU